UGUUAGCGUUGUUGGCAGCCGGUCGAUGGAAAUCUGUCAAACUGUAUGUAAACAACAACACGAUUUUUUUGCUCGUCGACUUGCAAUAACAUUUUUACUAGAAGUUUUUCAUAAAUUCGCAUAGAAAUAAGUUCUAAUUAAUAGUAAAAAUGACGUUGAAACAAAAUUCCGUUCAAAACAAUAUGUCCUUCGACCCGUUCAACGAGCCCUUGCUGGCCACGGGGGGCUACGACCACACCAUCAAGCUUUGGCAACCAUAUUCGGGAUUGUGCCAGAGAACAUUGCAGCAUGCGGACUCGCAAGUCAACGCCCUGGACAUCAUUCCCAACGGGACGAUUCUGGCAGCCGGAGGGUACCAGCACAUUCGCCUGUACGACAUGAACUACAGCUACCCGAUGAUCAACUUCGACGGGGUUACGAAGAAUGUGACCCGCGUGGGAUUCCAGGAGGAUGGCAAGUGGAUGUUCACCGGCGGAGAGGACUGCCGGGUGCGCAUUUGGGACAUGAGCACCCAGAAUCCGGCCUGCAAGAGGAUGUUCGACUGCCUGACGCCGGUCAAUGCGGUGUGUUUGCAUCCGAAUCAGGUUGAGCUGGCCAUCGGCAGUCAAGGUGGAAGUGUGUACCUGUGGGAUGUUAAGUCGGACGUGCACGAACAGUUGAUUCCGGAGGUGGAAGCAUCGAUUCAGGACAUAGCUAUUAGCCCUAAUGGGCAGUACAUGGCCGCGGUAAACAACAAAGGCAACUGCUACAUUUGGAGCUUGUCAAACAGCGCCAAUAGUGAAACGCAGCUGACCCAAACGGAUCCCAAACUGCGGAUAGAGGCCCAUAAAAAGUACGCCUUGAGGUGUAAAUUUAGUCCAGAUUCGAGUUUACUGGUGACCUGUUCCGGGGAUGGGACGGCGAGAAUAUAUAAGACGGACACGUUCCAGUUGCAUGCCGAAUUGAAAAUCGAGAAGUACUGGAUGUGGGAUGCGGUGUUUAGCAACGACUCAAAGUACUUGUUCACAGCUUCAUCUGAUGGUCACGCACGCCUAUGGAAAAUUGAAACGAAAUCCAUCGAACGAGAAUAUCACGGGCACCUGAAGGCUAUAACAGCUCUUGCCUUCAGAGACGGUUCAGCGAAAACCUAGAUCAUCAGAAAAUCCAAUGCAAAAUGUCUAGUUUUAAGAUAUAAACUAAUAAAUGUACACUAGCUUUUCCAAUUCGAAAAGGAUUUCUUUUUGUCCAAAUUUCCAGUUACUCGAAGUCCUCUAUGAAGUGAUUU